UAGACCAAAUGUAACAUAACACAACUCAAGCAACUCACAUUCAACAAAUUUAGAGACAGCAAUGCAGAUUGUCAUUGGAAAAUCGUGUUACUUAUACUUCUUACUUGGUUUACUUACUAUCAUUGUUUCCAUUGCUUCAGCUGCAGAGAAUCAUUACCAUGAAUUUGUUAUUCAAACAAAGUCAGUGAAGAGGCUGUGCAAAACAAGAAACAUACUCACCGUAAAUGGUCAGUUUCCUGGCCCAACAAUCGAAGCGAGAGAUGGAGAUUCUAUGGUAAUCAAAGUAACAAAUGCUGGACCCUACAACAUCUCCAUCCACUGGCAUGGGUUUAGGAUGUUGAGAAAUCCAUGGGCAGAUGGGCCUAGUUAUGUGACUCAAUGUCCAAUCCAACCAGGAGGAAGUUACACAUACAGGUUUACAAUCCAAAACCAAGAAGGGACACUAUGGUGGCAUGCUCACACUGGCUUCCUAAGAGCCACUGUCUAUGGAGCUUUCAUUGUUUAUCCAAAAUUGGGUUCUCCUUAUCCUUUCUCAAUGCCUAGGAAAGAAUUUCCAAUUCUGCUUGGGGAAUGGUUUGAUAGAGAUCCAAUGGUUAUCUUAAGACAGACACAGUUCACAGGAGCACCUCCAAAUGCAUCUGUUGCAUACACCAUGAAUGGUCAACCAGGAGAUCUCUACAGAUGUUCAAGUCAAGGAACUAUACGUUUUCAAGUAGAUGCAGGAGAGACAAUUCUGCUAAGAAUCAUCAACAGUGGACUCAAUCAAGAACUCUUCUUUUCAAUUGCAAACCACAGAAUGACAGUGGUUGCAAUGGAUGCUGCUUACACAAAACCUUCCACCACAACAGUCCUAAUGAUAGGACCAGGUCAAACAAUCAAUGUCCUUGUCACAGCUGAUCAACCGCCAGGCCGCUACUACAUGGCGGCCCGCGCUUACCAAACCGCCAUGAACGCCACAUUCGACAACACAACAACCACAUCAAUUCUUGAAUACAAAUCAGCAGCCUGCAAUAACAGAAAUAGACAAUGUUCUAGACCUAUUUUACCGAUUUUACCGGCUUUCAACGACACCCCCACUUCAACUGCAUUCACUUCAAGGAUUAGAGGUCUUUCCAAAGUUAAAGUCUUUCAAAACUUUGAUGUGAGCUUAUUGUUCACUGUAGGUUUAGGACUAAUAAACUGCACAAAUCCUAAUAGUCCUAGAUGUCAAGGACCAAAUGGAACAAGAUUUGCAGCUAGCAUAAACAACAACUCUUUUGUUCUACCUAGAACAACUUCCUUAAUGCAAGCUUACUAUCAAGGUGUUCCUGGUGUUUUUACAACUGAUUUUCCACCUGUUCCUCCUAUACAGUUCAAUUACACAGGAAAUGUUCCUAGGGGUUUGUGGACACCUAGGAAAGGAACUAGGCUGUUUAGGUUGAAAUAUGGUUCCUAUGUGCAGAUUGUUUUGCAGGAUACUAGUAUUGUAACAACUGAGGAUCAUCCUAUGCAUGUUCAUGGGUUUCAUUUCUUUGUAGUUGGUUCUGGUUUUGGAAAUUUCAAUCCAAGAACUGAUCCUUUUAGGUUUAACCUUGUGGAUCCACCUGUGAGGAAUACUAUUGGAACACCUCCCGGCGGAUGGGUGGCGAUUCGCUUUGUGGCUGAUAAUCCAGGAAUUUGGUUCUUGCAUUGUCACAUAGAUUCACAUCUUAAUUGGGGUUUGGCAACAGCACUUUUAGUAGAAAAUGGAGUUGGCCCAUUACAAUCAGUGAUACCUCCACCACCAGAUCUUCCCCAAUGUUGAAAACAAGAAAGCAUCAUUAUCAUUAGACCUUAAUUUUAUGUUAAUCAAUUAUUGGCUUUUCUAUUUUACGGGGUCUUUUAAAUAUUUGCUAUAUAGAUUGUAUUUUUUUUUUGCUAUGUUUCAUUUCAAGGUCCAUAAUUGUACCAAGGUCCAUUGAGUUGUUACUAGUGUUAUUAGUGUCUUUCUUGAUUGGGUGUAAUUUUUAAAGCUUUUUGAAGAAAAAAAUGUGAUUUCUCAUUAGUACUAUUUAAGAGUUUGUCCUUUUAUACUACAAGUUCAUUGCAACAA